UAUUAUUAUUAUUGGAGGGAGCUAAUGGUGUGUGUUUCGGGAGGUCACGUCCAACAUCUCUCUCUCUCUUUUUUGGAGGGGGGGGAGGAAGGGGUUUGCAGCUGCUUUGAUUCCCAACGCCCCCCCCCUUUUAUAUGAAUCAAUAGCCCUCCAAUAGUGGGGUGCUCAGAAGACUUUAUUAUCGAUCGCGAUGCUGCUGUUGGGUUAUCGAUUUUAAAGACUUGAUACCGCCGAUUGGUGGUGGGUUUUGGGGGGCUUUCUCCCCCCCUCCCCCAUUUUUUUUUAAUUUUUUUUUUAUUAUUAUUAUUUUAAUGAAAUGAGGACUUCUUUCGCGAGAACCGCAAGCCACCGGUAUUGACGCCUCCGUCGAAAUGAACCCUCGGACCGGAUCGCCGGCCGGAUUGCGCCUCUAACCCAAACCUAUCUAUGUGUGCGGCGAGCGGGCGGCGUUUCCCUUUUCCUUUUAUAUAUAUAUGUUUUUCUCCCCCUAUGGAACAAAAAAGAAAGCAAGAUUCUUCUCCAGGCCGUCCAAGUCAGCAGUCUCGGAGACCGCCGGCGCUCGCGCUCUCCCUCCCGGGCUGGUCCUGAUCCACCUUGGCCAACCUUUGUAAUUUAUUAUCAUUUUUUUUAAAAUUUAAAAAAAAAAUCAUAUUUUUAUUUUUAGAAGCAGCAGCAGCAGCAGCAGCAGCAGCCAUGAAAAUGAUUUUAGUCCGGCGGUUCCGCGUGCUCAUUUUGAUGGUGUUCCUGCUCGCUUGCACGAUGCACAUCAUGAUCGAUUUGUUACCCAAGCUGGAGAAGCGGGCGGCGGCGGCGGCGGCGGCGGGCGGAGGAGCCGAUGAGGCGGCGGGCGGCGCGGGGGCCGGCGGCGCGCCGCCGCGGCCCAAAGCCGGCGCCUCGGAGACGGCGGCCGCGGGCUGGCCUAGCAAGCACACGCUGCGCCUCCUGCAGGAUUUCAGCAGCGACCCGGGCUCCAACCUCACCUCGCACUCGGUGGAGAAAGGCCCCUCGGAGCGGGCCCAGGCGGUCCAGCGCCUCCAGCAGCAGCAGCAGGGCCUCUUAAGCGCCGGGCCCGAUCGCAACCGCAAAGCGCUCAUCCAAGACCCGCCGCCGCCGCCGCCGCCGCCGGGCUCCGAAGCGGCGGAGGCGGCCGGCGCUUAUUCCAAGCUCUGGGCCCUGUUCGAGCACCCGCUGUACCAGCUCGCCAUCCCGCAGCCCGGAGACCAAGACGUCCUUUUCAAUGUCAACAGCGACAUCCGAUUUAACCCCAAAGCGGCGGAGAAUCCGGAAUGGCAAAAUGAAGGCAAUGAAGAUGAAGAGUUUUUACCCACUGGAGAGACGUCGAUUGAUUCCUAUCCAAACUGGCUAAAAUUCCACAUUGGCAUUAAUCGAUAUGAACUGUACUCCAGACACAACCCGGCAAUCGGAGCGUUGCUUCGCGAUCUUGCCUCCCAGAAAAUAACAAGUGUCGCAAUGAAGUCAGGAGGCACCCAGCUUAAGCUGAUCAUGACAUUCCAGAACUACGGGCAAGCCUUGUUUAAGCCCAUGAAACAAACAAGAGAGCAGGAAACUCCUCCAGACUUUUUUUAUUUCUCGGACUACGAGAGGCAUAAUGCUGAAAUUGCAGCGUUUCAUCUGGACAGAAUCCUGGAUUUUCGUCGUGUACCACCAGUUGCAGGUAGAUUGGUUAACAUGACCAGAGAAAUAAGAGACGUUACUCGAGACAAGAAACUCUGGAGGACUUUCUUCAUCUCGCCAGCCAACAACAUCUGUUUCUACGGCGAAUGCUCCUACUACUGUUCGACUGAGCAUGCUCUGUGUGGGAAACCGGACCAAAUCGAAGGCUCGCUCGCGGCUUUCCUGCCGGACCUGUCUUUAGCCAAGAGGAAAACCUGGAGGAAUCCGUGGAGACGUUCCUACCACAAACGCAAGAAAGCAGAAUGGGAAGUUGAUCCAGAUUAUUGCGAAGAGGUGAAACAAACGCCACCCUAUGACAGAGGGACCCGAAUCCUGGAUAUAAUGGAUAUGACCAUUUUCGACUUUCUCAUGGGCAACAUGGACAGGCAUCACUAUGAAACCUUUGAGAAGUUUGGAAACGAAACGUUUAUUAUCCACUUAGACAAUGGAAGAGGGUUUGGAAAAUACUCCCAUGAUGAACUUUCAAUCUUGGUGCCUUUAAACCAGUGCUGCAGAAUACGGAAGUCCACCUAUCUGCGCUUACAGCUACUAGCUAAGGAGGAAUACAAACUCAGUCACCUGAUGGAAGAAUCUUUGCUCCGGGACAAAAUUGCCCCCAUCUUGUACUCCUCGCACCUCGAAGCGAUGGACCGGAGGCUCCGGAUAGUCCUCAAGGCCGUCAGUGACUGUAUAGAAAAAGAUGGCUACAGCCACGUGGUCGAAAAUGACUUUGCCUCCGACAUGAACACUGUUACCACCAAGAGGUAGUGGGAUCGCUGGACCCCCUUUUUAUUCACUCUGUCCAAGAAGAACGAGAGGAAACGAAAACAAAACAAGAACAGUCUCGCGAGGGACUGUGGAUGCCACUUGGUGAAUUCAGUGAAUUCAGACAUUGCGAUUAUAAUUGUUCUCAAAGUAGCUAAGGCGUAGACUCUGCAAAGAAUUGAGGUGGAGGACGGGCAACUCGGGUACCUCUCGGGGUCACAGAACCCGCUGAACCCAUUGAGGGGGCUCCCGGGAAAUCCCCAUGUUUUCCGUGGACGUGGCCUCACAGUUGCUCCUCUCACCGCCCUGCUUCCCUUGAGCCCUAAAUUAUUUCACCCCAUGGCCCACGGUGGCACGGGAUAACACAUUGUGGGCGGAGCUUCUGGCAAGCCCCGCCUCAUGUGGCGUUCGCGUCGUUCCUGCAGUGUGAGUUUGUAGAGAAGCCCUUUCCUUCCUGACGCACCUGCGCACGUCGCUCACACACACACACACACAUGUGGCACAUGGGUGGAGCUUGCCAAUAACACUGGGAAGGACUUGCAGGAGAUGAAGGUGGAAAACUGGGUGGCACCCACAUUGUCUUUCGGUUAAGAAACUAGGGUGGGGGAGCAUCCAAUGGGCUUACUUUCACACUUCUAACAAGUAGUUCCCCAAACAGGAUUUGGAAACUUUUGGGAUCACUCAUGAAUGGCACUUUCCUCCUCAUCCAUCCCGCACACUUCCUUGUGUUCAUGCAGAAAGCCGGUUUUUAUUGAAUGUCUCGUAUUUAUAUCGGUUAUGUUUUUAAGGAGUGCAAUCCUACCCACCAAUGGGUUUUUUUUAUCCCUGAGAAACAAACAGAGAGGUUAUGUUCACAGGGAAACCCACACAAUAGUGGUCUACAUCGUCACGGUGUUUCUAGGACGGUUCCAAUCCAGGUUUGGGGGAGGGGAUUGAACAUUUCAGUGCUGCCCACCCCUACCCCAGUUCAAAACGACACCGCAGACUAACCCGUCGAGGGGAGGGCUAUCCUCUAACCGUGCUCCCUGAUAGGGCCGUUUUUCACAGGCGAGGCGUUCGUAUCAUGAAAAGGAAGCUUCCCCCACCUGCAUCCUGGAACGGCACAACCGUGGAGAGGGCUGCACCAGCUGCUUUUCUUCAAUCUGCAUGGCAGCCUUUUGGUUUUUCGUGUGUAUUAACCUUCAAGGUAUCUCGAAUGUCAGCCUUGGUUCCUGACAGGAAGAACUUUCAGUUGGUUGGUCCCUGUGUGAACAGAGCGCUGGAGCAGAUGGACCCUUGGUCUGAUCCAACAGGGCUCUUCUGAUAUCCUUAAGUUCAAAUAUGCUGGCAUUGUUAGCCACGCCCCGUUGACCUUCGGCUUCACCCAGCACUGGAAUGCGGCCCCCGAGAGGUGCUCUGAAAUUGAAUCCGGCCCUCGGGGUGAAAAAGGUUCAACACCCCUGCUUCACUGUACCUUAUUUAAAUUCCUUCCCCCACCCACCCACCCCGGCCAAGCCCCGUGCUCACCUACUCAGCGUUUCAAGAAGGAACAGUUCUCAAAUUGUUUUCAAAACCCACCCGACACCCCACAAACAACACCCCAUCUAGGCACACACCCAAAGUUGCAGCAACGUAGUCAGAAGAGGAUUUUGAUAAUUCGUGCGUCGACAGGAAUACUUGAAUGUGAUUUUACAAAGUGAUGUUUAAAAAAAAAAAGGAAAAAGAAAAUGACGAAUUGUACUAUUUAUCCAUAAGGAAGUAGCAGCUCUUAUCUUUCUAGACUCUCGUAGUGGGGCUGCUGCUGUUCUCCUGACUUUGCUUUUGAUAGUUUUCGGUGUAAAUAUAUGCAUAUACAGGUUUAAAAACAUUGAGGAUAAAAAAAAAAAAUCAAACACAACAAAAACAGAACAAAAAGCUGUUUUCGGCAGCGAUAGACUUACUUUUGCAGCAUUUUUCUUUUCUUUGUGGAUUUGUUUGCAAUGUGGUCCCAGUGCAAUAAAGAUAUGGCAAA